ACUCUCUCCCUUACCCGAGCCAUUCAUUGAUUAUUCAACUGGACCGACAUAAUCCCUUGACACCCGGCAUUAAACAACGACAAUAACUCUUAUCGUCAGAUUAGCAAUUAUUGUCAAUAUGUCUACUUUCAGCAACCUUAUUGCCCGUGGCAAUGCUGUCCUUUCCAGGCGGGACCUUGAUAUGGGAGGCGAGCCGGACGGGGUCAUCGACCUUAUGAUUGCCUUUCUUGGCGUCGCAUUCUUUGCUCUUGUUCUGGUAGCCUUGUUAUUCAUGAUGCGGCGUGCGAAGCGCGAGCGACAGCUCCAGCAAGAUGGCCUACCCCAGUAUAACGACAUCAAACAUGAUGACGGUACUACUCGCCGUCUCACCAUCCAGACCGCAGACGGCCGAUCAAGUAUUUUUGUUCUGAAUGGCCGUCCAAUGCUAAAUGACCCGAGUUCGCCACCCUACUCGCCCAACAACAUUCCCGAGAUUCACAUCACCUUCCCCGAUGAGCAGGAUGAGCAAGGUCGCAACAAGGGUGGCCGCGUUGUGGUUGUCCGAGUCGGCGAGACCACUGUUGGCCUUGAGCCUGUAAAGGAGGAGCAACUGCCAGCAUAUUCCAAAGAGAACAGCGCCGGUUUCUACUCGAUCGAUAUGGAUCAAAUCGGUGGACUGAAGGAGAAGGAUCGAAGCCAGUUCUCCUAAGCCACCAUUAGCCUGGCCUUCCUACCAAAUUUUCUCAAAGUUCAGAAACGCUACUUAAUCGCCAAUAACCAACCGACUUAAUUUAACAUGAUGGGGGAGUUUGAACGAUAUAUAUAUACAUAUGCAUGAAUAAUGGUGUACCUAUUACAAAGCAGAUGUCUAUAUUACCCUUCUAUAAGUACCUCUAGGAGGAGACGGGGAUGCGGAAGGACGGACCGCGGUGGAAGGCGAGUCUGGAUGGCCAUGUUUACCAUCCGGCGCUCUAGGUACAUUCGGUCCUGUAUAUAACGAUACCCCUUUGCUUUUUUGUCUUCACCUUUCCGGGGCCACCACGGACAAUUAAGCCUUCCAGUGCGAGCAAUUUAGACGAGACCACCACCAGU